AAUGUCAAUAGUCAAUAUUGUCAUAUUUCAACUUUCAAUUUAAAGUGUUAGUGCAGUCGAUUUUUCUGCAAUUUUUUAGUUUAUUUAUCCCUAAUCUGAAUAUUUCCUUUAUUUUCUCUUAAUCAUCUCAAUGUUGAUAUGUGUUUGCAUUUAAUCAGUUUGUUUUAUUGAAAACAUUAUUCGACGAACGUCCCGAAACCAAAAUUUUCGUCUCUAAAGUGUUCUAGGGGUGCUAUAUGAAGUUGAUGAUACGCAGAAUUCCAAUAAAUCAUCUAUGCAAUCAAGCCUGUAAUAACAUGUAAAGCUUCAUUCAAAUAUGAAGAAACAGUUUUUCCGUGUGAAGCAACUAGCUGACCAAACAUUUCUAAAGGCAGAAAAGAGUGAUAUAUUCAACCAUGGGGAACUGCAUAUUGCCGAUCAGAAAGUCGAAUAUUUGAGAGCCGCCCUUAGUGCCAUCACCAAAAAAAUUGCCCCUAAUGGAGUUUUGGCAGAUGUAGAAAAAUUAAUGAAAAAGAAUGCCGACUACCAAUUGGGCGCCACCUUUUUGGAAGAGAGCCGACAAUCUCGAGAAUGUCCGCUCUUCCAAAACGUGCUCAAAGAGUGCGGCAGCAUGGAGCAGCAGCUCGCUCGGGACUAUGCUGAGCACGAGAAGAAAAUCGAAGAGUUGGUCUACACUCCAUUGGAGAGUGUGAUGGAGAACGAUUUCCCCAACAUACUGAAGCACAAACAUAACUUGCGGAAGUAUUGUUUGGAUAAGGAUUCGGCCAGUAAUCGAUAUCAGUCUACAGGAAAAGAAAAUGUGCGAGAAGAUAUGGAAGAGGCUGAUACAAAAGUGGAACAGACCAGGGAUGCACUCGCGACGGAUAUGUUUAGCGUUCUUGCUAGGGAAAAUGAAAUUUCCCAGUACAUUCUGCAGUUCUUGAAGCUGCAAAGGAGUUACCAUGAAGGCGCCUUGAAGAGUCUGCAGAAUUUGAUUCCUGAGUUGGAGAAGAAAAUCGGAGACAGUCCGGUGCGCCGCGUGUUCGGUACCUCCCUGCACGAGCACCUGCGCAUCACGGGCAAACGCAUCGCCUAUCCUUUGGAGAUCUGCGUGACGGCGCUGCGCGAGUACGCCAUGUCCGAGGAGGGCCUCUUCCGCGUCGCCGCCGGCGCCUCCAAGGUGAAGCGACUGCGCGCGUCUAUCGACUCGGGCUGCUUCUCGGUGCUCGUGCCCGAGUACAGGGACGCGCACGUGUUGGCUAGUUUGUUGAAGCUGUAUUUGCGCGAGCUGCCCGAGCCGUUGCUCACCUACCAUCUGCACAAGGAGUGGAUCGAGGCUAUACAGGUUCCAGAGAACGAGAGACUGAACUUAGUGAAAGACACGAUCGACAAGCUGCCGCGUGAGAACCGCGACAACCUGUCCUUCCUGUUCCAGUUCCUCAGCAAGCUGACGAAGCACCCCGAGAACAAGAUGUCCGCCUCGAACAUAGCCAUCGUGCUGUCGCCGAACCUGCUGUGGGACAAGCGGGAGAGCUACAACAUGGACAUCGGCAACUGCGUCACCAUCAAUAUGUUGGUGGAGCUGUUCAUAAAGGAGAGCGACGUCCUAUUCCCCGAAGACACCACUUCCUACGUCAACCUCCCUCCGGAGAUCUUCCUCGACGAAGACCUCUCCUACUACAGGGGCAGCCACGCUACGGCCGAGCAGACUGCGGGCAGCCCGCGGCCCAACCUGCGCAAGAAAAAGUCUGCGCCUGUGCCGCCAUCUAUCGGACGGCCAUUAGAGGUGUCAAACUCUGUCGGUAGGCAACAAGAGGUGUCGAACUCUGUCGGCAGGAUGCAGGAGGUGUCGAUCUCUAUGGGCAGGAAGCAGGAGGUGCCGCCCUGCGAAGGUAAUGACGAUAACGGGGCGGUCAAGGUGUCGCCCCUGCCUGAGGCUAAAGUGAGGACGGCCGUGCCGAGGACGGGCGAGAUGCCUAGGAAGGUUAUCAGCACAAACGAGAACGCACACCACACCCAGAAACAGCCCAGCCACAAGCUCGACAGAGCAACAAUGACGGAAGACCUCAAAGCGCAUCAACAACGCGUCCCACCCAAACCAACGGAAAGAACGUUCACCACCAGCAUCGUCCACAAAGUGAACCAUCAUCAGCAACAGUCAAACACCGCCAAUCACCAACAACAACAAUCAAACACGGGAAACCAACGCCAACAACAGUCAAACACCGGCAGUAGUCCAGUAGCCCAUCACCACCAACAGCAGUCAAAUACCGCCAAUCACCACCAACAACAGUCGAACACCGCACAUCCGCAAUCUGUGAUAAGCGAUAACAAGAAGGAGACGGACUCGGAGUCGGUGUCACUGAUGGUGGAGGAGGGGCAAUUGAGGAGGAAAGAUUUGGGGAUCAAGCCGGAGAUUCCGGCGAGACCGUCGACGUUGAGCGGGAAGCCCCAAAUGGAGGCCGAUCGUGUGUUCAGGAGGACGCAGUGCUCGGUAUACAACGUGGCCGACAAGCAACAGCCGAGCUACAUCAACAUCCACGGCAAGCCGGACCUCCUUCGACCUGGCCACGACCCCAACAUCGACGACAAGGAGCGCUUCCUCAAAAAUGGCGGCGAGGCGACGGACGGCGACUGCGCGAAUGACUCGCGCCACCGUAUCCAGAAUCGGACGUCCUGCGAAGACGACGAUCAUCCUCCCGCCGCCCGCGACCCGCCCACCAACAAGAUGGCCGCCAAGUCGAUCGAGAACAUCAACCGCCCCGGCAGCAACGGCCAGCCGAAAUGUGAUAGCAACGCGAACGCCACCGCGGGCGGUCCGAAGGCGAGUCACGCGCGUGCGCGGUCCGACGGCGGCAUGAUCGACCUGGAGAGGGGCGGCCAUGGGACCGCCCAUUUCGCCAAUAGGAAUUUGCCCAAGCCGAGUCAGCCGCCCCCGCCGCCGCCCGAGGCGUGAAGGGUGGACGAUGAUUUGUUUGUACUCAAAGUUGGCCAUGAAUCCUGAAUGAGAAUCCAUUUUUCUACAGAAAAUAGAGGAACUCCUAGUAGAAAUCAUAUGUAGUGGUUGGAUUGAUUUAUUUCGAUUUUGGAACUAUCGGGAUAGUUUUUAUGUUUUUAUAUUUUGUGUCAGCAGUGUCAGCACUCUAGCUUUUUCGUAGAAUCAGCUGGAAAUAGUUUUCAAAUGUGAAAUUAUUUGAUAUCCAAUAUCGCUUUUGUUUUAUUUAGCCAUGAACUGUAAUAUAGAUAUACCUACUUGGUUUUCUAUUUCGAUUGAAUUCAUUUUAUAUCAGGACUUUUUUAAUCAGAAUGACUCGCGGCAGAAGAUUUUGUGAUAUAAUAUGCCAGAGGUACAUCAAUUAUUCUAGUUGCUAUUCGUUAUGUUGCCUUACCCAUUGACAAUAACACUAUGAGCUGUAUAACUUUGUUAAAAUUAACCUAUAAUUGUAUUGAUACCUACUUGUUACAAAAAGAUGUUUUUAUUUUUGGAAACAAACAUUAGGAAAUUUGUUUGAACCAUUAAAAGAAUUUUAUUAUAU